UUUAUAACUCUCUCCCCCUCGCCAUCCAUUACUCACCAUCACCACCACCCUCUUCAUCCUCCUCCAACCGGAACCUCACCAACUCCACCUCCUCCUGCUGCUGCUGCCGCUGUCUCUCUCGCGCGCGCGCCACAGCUGAAGCCAGAAUGCAGUCCAGGCACCGGGUGUUCGCCGAGGACCUGCUCCUGGCGCAGCUGCAGGGGGAGGACCACUUCGACAGCGUGCCGGACUCGCUGGUGCUCCUCAUCUUCAACAAGCUCGCCGACGCGCGCUCGCUCGGCCGCUGCUCCGCCGUCUCGCGCCGCUUCAACGCGCUCGUCCCGCUCGUCGACGACGCCUGCCUCCGCAUCGACCGCGUCAUCGCCGCCGCCGACGCCGACGACGCGCUCGCCCUCCCGCGCCAGCGCGGCGUCCUCUCCGGCCUCCUCAAGACCGUGCUCCUCGCCGUGCUCAAGCCCUUCGGCGGACACUGCGACGCCGGGGCCAGGCCCGCCGGCCACGCGGCCGCCAAGCACGCGCCGCACCACUCGCCCGCGCAGGUGCUCAAGAACUUCAGCAGCAUCCGCAACCUCCGCAUGGAGCUCCCAGUCUCCGACGUCGGCACCGACGACGGCGUCCUCCUCAGGUGGAAGGCCGUCUUCGGCACCACGCUCCAGAGCUGCGUCAUCCUGGGCGGGACAAGGCUGGAGCACGCCUCGCACCCGCCCUCCGCCUCCGCCUCCGCCUCCGGGGCCCCGGACGAGCACGACGCCUCUCAGGGGGACGACGACAAUGGGAGCAUACCCGAGUCCUUCUACACCAACGGCGGGCUGAAGCUGCGCGUGGUGUGGACCAUCAGCUCGCUCAUCGCCGCGGCCACCAGGCACUACCUCCUCCGCGAGAUCGUCAAGGAGCACCCCACCCUGGAGCGCGUGGAGCUGACGGACGCGCACGGCCAGGGCACGCUGUGCAUGGAGCGCCCGCAGCUCAAGGAGUUCACCGACAAGCCGCUCGCCGCCGCCGCCGCCGCCAACCGCACGCAGGUGCCGGCCUGCAACAUGAAGCUCCGGUACGCGCCCAUGCUGGAGCUGUCGGACGGGACGAGGAUCCAGGGCGCGACGCUGGUGGUGAUCAAGCCCGUGGGCGAGGCCGGCGGCAUCGGCGGUGGGCGCAAGGAGCUGGACGAGUUCGUGGCCGGCGCCUUCGACGGGCCCUUCAGGGAGGCCGUGGCGAUGCUCAGCAAGCGCCGCACCUACCUGCUAGAGAUGAACGGAUUCUAAUCCUUGCGCGAUGGCGAUGGCCACCGGAUAGAUUGCUCUGCUCUGUUGGCUUCAGCUCUGCUCAGUGGCAGGCAGGCAGGCAGGCAGGCACACCGAGGUGUUACUUGUUGUUUGUAACAGCAGCGAUCAUGUCUCAUACUACGUAGUAUCUCAUUUCUUCGCUACUGCCUUAGCAUCAUUUCGUUGCGGUGAUGUGAUGUGAUCGAUUAAUGGAUGAAUGAAAUGAAGUGAUACGACAUUACCACA